AGAAGGCGGUGUUGAUGAUGGUAGGAGGAGAUUGCGCGUCGUCUUCUUCCGCGUUUCCCCGGAUUUCAACCACUGUCCUGCUUCCAUCGUGUCCUCUCCUUGCACGUUUUUACGCUCAGCCCACCCUCCCAAUUCAGUUAGUUGUAAAGAAAAAAAAUUAAAGCAAUUACACAGGCCUCGCCGCCCCCCCACCUUCCGCCUUUACCUUUCCUCUCUUCUUUCUCCCCCCUCUUUUGCAAAUAACUACCGCCGCCUUCGUUCUCCACAUGCGGCAUCGGAGCCCUGGGCCGCGGCGUACCGGCUCCAGCCAUGUCGUCGAGGAACACAGCGGCUGGCGGCGGUGACGGAGCGACGGGGGAAAACACAGGAGAUGUGCUGGAGGAGGAGCCUCAGGGUCUCUCUGCGUCUUUGUCUGGUUUGAUGACCCCCACAUCAGCCUCAAGCCUCAUGGAGCUGCCCAGGAAGAGGAAAGGCAGCAUGGACAACCUGGAAAUGAAAUCUGCAUCAAAUCUAGAUGAGGAUAUGGAGGACGAUGCGGGAAGAUCGGAAGAUGACCAGCACUUAAAAAUUAAGUGCAUCAGGGAACCUCACAGUCAGAUUGAAAAGCGAAGGCGAGAUAAGAUGAAUAAUUUGAUUGACGAGUUGGCAGCGAUGAUUCCCACCUGUAACCCAAUGUCCCGUAAACUCGACAAACUCACUGUGCUACGAAUGGCUGUCCAGCACCUCAAAUCGCUCAAAGGAGCAACCAGCUCUUUUGCAGAAGCCAAUUACAAACCUGCAUUCCUACCAGAUGAUGAACUCAAGCACCUCGUCCUGAGGGCAGCGGAUGGAUUUCUCUUUGUGGUUGGCUGUGAUCGUGGAAAAAUAGUCUUUGUCUCAGAAUCGGUUUCAAAAACUCUGAACUACAGUCGGACGGAGUUAAUUGGACAGAGUCUGUUUGAUUAUGUUCAUCCAAAGGACAUUGGGAAAGUGAAGGAACAGCUGUCCGCCUCUGAACUCUAUCCGCGUGAGCGCCUCAUAGACGCCAAAACGGGGCUGCAGGUGCAGGCUGAGCUCCCAGUCGGAUCGGCUCGGCUUUGCUCAGGAGCCCGGCGCUCGUUCUUCUGCCGAAUGAAGUACAACAAAAUUACUGUAAAAGAGGAAAAGGACUUCCAGGCUGGUGCAUCUAAAAAGAAAGAGUCGCAGCGGUACUGCACCGUCCACUGCACGGGCUACAUGCGCACCUGGCCUACGCGUCAGCUGGCCACUGAGGGGGAGGCCGAGGCGGAUAAAGAGAGCUCCCACUUCAGCUGUCUGGUAGCGAUGGGCCGUGUUCAUCCACACACUCUCCCGCAGGCCAAUGGAGAGAUCAAGGUCAAACCCACUGAGUUCGUCACCCGCUAUGCCAUGGAUGGCAAAUUCACCUUCGUGGAUCAACGAGCCACCACUAUUCUGGGUUAUUUACCUCAGGAGCUGCUGGGAACAUCCUGCUAUGAAUACUUCCACCUGGACGACCUGCCGCACCUGGCCGAAAGACAUAGAAAAGUGCUGAGGAGUAAAGAAAAGAUUGAGACAAACUGCUAUAAGUUCAAAACAAAAUCUGGCUCUUUUGUCAAUUUACAAAGUCAGUGGUUUAGUUUUAUAAAUCCCUGGACCAAAGAAGUAGAAUACAUAGUGUCAACCAACACGGUUGUAUCCGGUAAAAGUAAUCCAGGUGGAUCAGGGGAUAAAGCAGAGCAGCCGAGCAGCUCCAAGGCCUCGGAAGAUGAUGCCAAGAAAUCCCAACAAGUUCCAAUCAUCCCAGGGAUCUCCAGUGCAUCUGGCAUGAUUUACGCAGGGUGCAUAGGGACCCAAAUCGCUAACGAGAUAAUGGACUUUAAUAGGAUGAACUCGUCACCAUCCAGCGGCAAUACCAGUCCGUUCAGUUUACUGCAGGACAAGUCUCCACUGGCCCUCGCGCAGGCCAGCAGCAAUGUGCCAAAUGGGGAAGCAACAGACGUGGAGAUGCCUGGCAAAUCAAGCUCUGAGGAAGAAGCACGGGGCGGACCUUUCUCAACUGGGGACAAUCUCAUGGAGGCGAGUUCUCAGCUGGAUCUGGAAGGGGUUCCUGGUUUGGGUGCUCUGAGCACUGAUGAAGCUGCCAUGGCCGUCAUUAUGAGCUUACUGGAGACAGAUGCCAACCUAGGUGAAGCCGUGAACUUUGACGAGAUGCACUGGUCUCUCUGAACAUACAGCCAUCUUACCUGGAGCUUUUUCAAAAGAACCAUCCAGUCAUUUUCACAGGGCAGCAAGCCUUUGACAGUUAUCUGACUUUUAUGUUUUUAAUUUAUUAGUGUUUUUAAUUCAUCUGGAAAAGCUGCGAGGCAGGUGAUCUGAAGGCUGCUCCGGGUGAAGGGGUUUCUCUAAAUACCUUAAUCUGAGUUCCUUAAGCAACAGGACCAGGUUUUAUAUGGUCUGGUGUGCAUUUCUUCAGCUCAGCUCUGAGGUCACUUCUACCCCGUUGGCAUGAGCGAGAGAUGUUCUUAAAAUGUUUUAUGAAACAUGCCUCAGCCAAGCCAUAAGGCAAGAACCCAAAUGCUCUGCUGUGAAUCAGUGGAAUGAGGAUUUUAAAGCUCUUUCUUUAGUCAAUCAACACUUGAACUGUUCAUGGAUGCUUUGAGGCAUAGCUGGACUGUUUUUCUUUUUUAUAUAUAUAUAUAUAUGUAUAAAUGUCAUGGGUUUCCUUUGGCAAGGGAACUCUUGUAGUUAUUUUACCCUUUUAGAGCAGAAAUUGUCUUGAAUUUAAUGUUUUAUGAUGAACGAGAGCGGAACAACAGGGAGGGUUUUUGAUAAGCGCUUGUCAACCAGAAUUACUUGAAAAGACUAUGUGGAAAAAUCUGAAAAUUUGAGGAUCA